GUUACUUCAAUAUUUCCAUAUUGACAUUAGUCAUUAGUAGUUGUCAGCUGUAUUAAGUUUUAUGUGCCAACAUGGCUUCGCAACCACUCUUAGAUGAUGAUACAAUGGAUUUCGGAGAAGAAGAUGCAACACCAAAAGACGCCUUGACGCAUCCCUAUGUUACAAUUUUUCACAUGGCAUUCAGUGGGGCUGCCAUGGUUACAUACCUGUUCUGUGGACUGUUCAGUGACAGUUUCAUCACCAGCUUUGUUUUCAUAGUGCUGCUAUUGUCCAUGGACUUUUGGACAGUGAAAAACAUAAGUGGAAGGCUGAUGGUUGGCUUGAGAUGGUGGAAUUAUGUAGACGAUGAUGGAAAAUCACAUUGGGUGUAUGAAUGCAGACAGAAUAGAGUCAAUGAUAAAGAGGCCACAAUUUUCUGGUUAGUUCUAAUUGGAACUUCAACUAUCUGGGGAAUGUUCUUUUUGGGUGCUUUGUUUGGACUUAAUUUGAAGUGGCUUUUGCUUGUAAUUAUUGCACUUCUGUUGAAUGGAGCCAAUUUACAUGGAUAUAUCAAAUGUAAAUUUGGGAAAUCUGAAAGUUUAACGAGUGUAACAACUGGUUUCUUAAAGAAUCAAGUCAUGCAAAAUGCUGUUUCUUUGAUUGCCAAACAGGCAUCACCACCAACAAACAAUCCAUUAUCAUCCAAUACAGUAUGAUGUAUGUAUUUAUUGUA